AUGGCAAACAAGGGGAACAAGAAGCGUCGACAGUUCUCCCUGGAGGAGAAAAUGAAGGUGGUGGAAGCUGUAGACUCAGGAAAGAGGAAAGGUGAUGUGGCAAAAGAAUUUGGUAUCACUCCUUCUACCUUGUCUACAUUCUUAAAGGAUCGUGCCAAAUUUGAAGAGAAGGUACGGGAGGCAUCUGUAGGACCCCAGCGGAAAAGGAUGAGGAACGCUCUCUAUGACGACAUCGAUAAGGCUGUUUUUGCUUGGUUUCAAGAAAUCCAUGCCAAAAACAUUCUUGUGACUGGUUCUGUCAUUCGGAAAAAAGCACUAAACUUGGCCAACAUGCUUGGCUAUGACAAUUUUCAAGCAAGCGUGGGCUGGCUGAACAGAUUUAGGGAUCGCCACGGAAUUGCUUUGAAAGCAGUCUGUAGAGAGGAUAGUGACAGAUUAAUGAAUGGUCUAGGAAUAGAUAAGGUUAACGAGUGGCAUGCAGGGGAAAUUAUAAAACUGAUUGCUGACUACAGCCCAGAUGAUAUCUUUAAUGCUGACGAGACAGGAGUGUUUUUCCAGUUGCUUCCCCAGCACACGCUUGCUGCUAAAGGGGACCAUUGUAGAGGGGGCAAGAAAGCAAAGCAGCGGUUGACAGCACUCUUUUGUUGCAACGCUUCAGGGACUGAAAAAAUGAGACCAUUGAUUGUUGGUAGGUCAGCCAACCCACACUGUCUCAAGAACGUCCAUUCCCUCCCUUGUGAUUACCGAGCCAACCAGGGGGCAUGGAUGACGCAGGAGCUGUUUAAUGAGUGGCUGAUGCAAGUAGAUGCCAGGAUGAAGCGGGCGGAACGCCGCAUCCUCCUGCUGAUCGACAACUGCUCCGCUCACAACAUGCUGCCACGCUUGGAAAGGAUCCAGGUGGGCUACCUGCCCUCUAACUGUACUGCCGUCCUGCAGCCACUGAAUCUCGGCAUAAUUCGCACCAUGAAAGUGCUGUACCGAAGCCACCUCCUGAAACAGAUCCUCCUCAAGCUCCACAGCAGUGAGGACCAAGAAAAAGUGGACAUCAGGCAGGCCAUCGACAUGAUUGCUGCAGCAUGGUGGUCAGUCAAGCAGUCCACAGUGGUGAGAUGCUGGCAGAAGGCAGGCAUCAUCCCUCUGGAACUGACAGAUUCGGACACGGAAGUGGCAGCCAGUGAGCCAGAGGCAGCCAGUGAAAAGUUGUGGCACUCCGUGGCGCUUGCCACCUGUGUCCCCAAUGAAAUAAAUUUCCAGGACUUCGUCACCGCAGAUGAUGAUCUCAUCAUCUCUCAGGAGCAGAUAGACACAGAGGUCAUCCAGGGCAUGGAGGCUGGUGAAAAUACAGAUGAAGCUGGAAGCGAAGAGGAGGGGGAGGCAUCUUUACCACAGCAGCCAAAAAUCACCAUCACAGAGGCCAUCUCAAGUGUACAGAAACUUAGACAGUUCCUUUCCACUUGUGUAGGUGUUCCUGACGCCGUUUUUGGACAGCUAAAUGGCAUAGAUGAAUAUUUAAUGAGAAAAGUGACACAAACUCUUGUUGACUCCAAAAUUACAGAUUUCCUCCAAACAAAAUAAUGUAGGCAUUAACUGCCUCUUUUAAUUUAGAAAAUGUAGUUUACAAGGACAAAGCUUGUUUUUUUUUUUAGAUAGGAUAUUGAACUUAAGUUUUAAGCAAUAUUAUAAUGACAACAUUCCAGUCCUCUGAAAUAAUCAGGAA